ACGGGCUCGCCGCAUCCCAGUCUCGCGGCUACUUCGCCCGCGGUAAGUCGCGGACGCGCGUCACCGUGUCACUCUAUUGUCGGUGUUUAGUUGUGCAAAUAAUUGACUGUUCUAACGUGAAAUAAACUAAAAUCUAACACCAUGGAUCCCGAGGCCUUCUUGGACCUGGCCAACCAGGUCAUUAAACUAAAAAUGUACCCAUAUUUCGACAUAGCACAUUCUUUAUUAUGCGCUCUUGCAGUCAGAGAGGAUUUAGGAUCUGGUGCACAGGCGUUUUCCCGCAAACAUCCCCUGUCAUGCUGGCUGUCCACAAUGCUGGUCAUCUUCGCGGGCGGCAUGGUGGUCAACGGCCUGCUCGGGGAACCGAUGCUAGCCCCACUUAAGAACACACCGCAGCUUAUUAUUGGAACUGUCACAUGGUACCUCGUUUUCUACACACCAUUCGAUGUGGGAUAUAAAGUGGCAAAGUUCCUACCAGUGAAGGUAGUUGCUUCAGCCAUGAAAGAGAUUUACCGCGCCAAGAAAGUCUAUGAUGGAGUCAGCCACGCCGCGAAACUGUACCCUAACGCCUAUGUCAUAAUGAUCAUUGUUGGUACCCUAAAGGGCAACGGAGCAGGUUUCACCAAGCUGGUGGAGCGACUGAUCCGCGGUGCCUGGACACCCACUGCCAUGGAGACCAUGCAGCCUAGCUUCUACACGAAGGCCUCUCUGGUUGCGUCCAUUAUUUUCGUGCUAGACAAGAAGACUGACCUCAUUUCUGCCCCGCACGCUCUCGUGUACUUCGGCAUCGUGAUAUUCUUCGUAUACUUUAAGCUGUCAUCAAUUCUCUUGGGCAUCCACGAUCCCUUCGUGCCCUUUGAGAACUUGUUCUGCGCGCUGUUCCUCGGAGGCAUCUGGGACUCACUGGCCAAGCUGCUGGGCAAGGGACAGCCCAAGGAGGAAACCAAAGACGCUAAGAAAACUAAUUAGCCAAAUUAAUAGGUCGCAUUUUAUAAUCUGCAACAUUUGCGCUACGUAAUCAACUGACACCGACAAUACAAAAUGCGACGGCUUAUUGAUAAGCAUAAAGAAAAGGACACGACAAAAAGGAAAAACAAAAAAAAAUUGUAAAACCCUUAAAUCCUAAAAAAAUGGCACAACGACCAAAGUUUGAUUUCAUUAGAUUUAAGAACCACUAGUCGUAAUGAAGUUUAUAAAUGUUUUUGUUACCUUUUAUGUGGAAUGCGUUUUACGUUAAUUUAGAGUGGGUGUAGAAAUACCUUAUAUUUUAGUUACUGUUCCUACAUGCAACUAUUUGCCAAAAAUUGUGAUACAUUUAGUAUUAUCCACCUUUUCGUAUCGAUUAUGCUAAAAACUUGCCAUAAUAAUUGUUAUUUUACCUACAAAUUAUAAGAAUGUAAGCAUAAUAAAUAUAUCUACCUAAUUAUUAUUUUGUUCAAUGCUUGCUACACUACAAUAAAUAUUAGUUUCCUUGAGUGAAAAAAAGUAUCGAGCAUUGUAAUUUUAAUUCUAUUUUUAGUUCACGAAACGAAAAUCGACUAAGCCGACUUCCUUUACCAAAUACACCGGAAGAUUUCCAAUAUGGCUGCCUUCCACCGUCCCGCGUAAAUAAAAAAUAUCAAUAAAAUUAAAUCUUUCUGAUUCGCCAUGCGAUGAAGAGCGUUUUUUUUAUAAAAUACGUUAUCAUAUCAAAGUAAAUGCAUUAUUUAUUAGGUUAAAUGAAAUUGUGAUUAUUGUAAGAAAGAUCUGACCGAGUUGCGGGGUGCAAGCAACGAGGAUCACAUCUUUCAACAAGUUAAGUUAAACUUUCAUGACACUAAAGCUAUUCUAUUCAUUGAUACUUGGGUAUGCUAAAGGAAGCAAUAAAUUGUUUUUAUUAUAAAAA